AUGAACAGCUCACCCAAAGAAAUACCAAGCACGCCUACCAUUACGGAAACACAUUCCGUCGAAUCCAUAGAUAGAACAGCCGAAAAGAAACUUGUAUGGAAAUGCGAUCUCCAUGUCGUCCCCGUCCUCUCCUUUCUCAUGAGUUUGGCGUUCCUUGAUCGCAUAAACAUUGGGAAUGCUCGUCUCCAGGGUCUAGAGAGAGACCUUGGUAUGAGCGGACAUGAUUUCAACAUUGCCCUGUUCAUAUUUUUUGUUCCGUACAUGAUUUGUGAAGUCCCGAGCAAUAUCAUUCUAAAAAACGUUUCCCCUUCAACCUGGCUCAGCAGCGUUAUGCUAGGAUGGGGGCUUGUUACGACUCUCCAAGGAGUCACAAAUAGUUUUGCUGGAUUGCUAGUCUGUCGCGUCUUCCUCGGGAUUUUUGAAGCAGGAUUUGUCCCAGGUUGUGUGUAUCUUAUCUCUAUGUAUUAUAAACGGCAUGAACUUCAGACAAGGCUCAACUUUUUUGUAUCGUGCAGCAUUAUGGCCGGUUCGCUAAGCGGAAUUCUGGCCUAUGCCAUUGCCGGAAUGGAUGGCGCUCGUGGUUACAGCGGCUGGCGCUGGAUUUUUAUUCUCGAAGGCGUUGCAACCGUGGUUGCUGCUGUAUUUUCGAAGUUUCUCAUUCCUGAGUGGCCCGAAAAGGCAAAGUUCCUUGCAGAGGAUGAAAGGAAGCUUCUCCUCGAUCGAUUAGCAUCAGAAACUGAAAAUGUUAAAAUGAACCGUCUAGACAAGAAUGCCAUGAAACGCGCCUUCACAGAUGUGAAAAUCUACAUGGGCAUUGUGAUGUAUAUCGGCAUUGUCAACACUGGAUACUCAGUCAGCUUCUUUACCCCAACCAUCCUCAAUCAACUGGGAUGGACUGCCCUAAACGCUCAGCUCAUGGCAGUCCCAAUAUUUGCCAGUGGCGCCUGCAGCGCAAUGCUAACAGCAAUAAUCUCGGACCACUUGAAGCAUAGAUUCGCGUUCACCAUGUUGGGAUGCGUGAUUACUACCGUCGGAUACAUAAUUCUCUUAUGCCAACAAUCCGUGUCCCCGGGUGUAUGUUAUUUUGCCGUUUUGACCAUCUCAGCGGGAGCCUUUAUGGCCCACCCCAUUACAAUUGCCUGGCUAAACAACAACGUGGGUGGGCACUACAAGCGCGGCAUAUCAGCGGCGAUGCAGAUCGGGCUUGGAAAUUCUGGCGGACUUAUUGCGAGUAACCUUUUCUUCCCGUCCGAGGCCCCAAGGUACCCGACGGGAUUCAGGACAAGUCUUGCAUUAGUAUGGGUGUGUGCAGUCACAUGCAUCGCGUUUUUCUUGUACUUGUAUCGGGAAAACCGCCUCCGCGAUGAAGGGUUCCGUGAUCAUCUCCUGCUUCUUCCUGAGGAUGAGGUUGAUAACCUCGGAGACGACCAUCCCAGUUUCAGGUUUACCUACUGA